CCCCCGAGCGCAGCUCAGUGCUCUGCCUGCUCCAGCUAGCACCCACCGAAGCAUCUGCAGCCUGUCCACCGAUCGCAACCGCAUCGGGAUCCAAAUCAAAGUACAGCCCAAAAGUGAGAAUGCACAGGCAAAAGCGUGCAUUUCCUUACAAACUGCAGAGUCGGGCACGGGUAAAUGCUGUCCCGUCCCUCCCGGCGUGCUCCUCUCCUGUUUUGCCAGCCCUGAACCAGACGGAGAUUUUCGGCCAUUCCCCCAAGCACAACCCCACAUCCUAGCUGCCAGAUUACAGUUUUGCACUUAUACAAAUUAUUUUUACCCUUGAAAACUGAGCUCUAGACACCUGGCUUCCCUCCAUCACCUUUUCUGUUAGCAGGAAGGGUGCAGGAAUUAGGAGACUCCCUGGUACUCACUACCUACCCUGUGCUGACCGACUAACAGUAACCCAGAGAGCUCACUGCCUUCAAUAACAUCUAUAGAAAGAUGCAAAGCAACACACCCCAGUCUGAGUGCCAAACAGAUUUCCUUCUAAAACUUAACAUCCUGUGCAAAACGAACAGUUCCACUGGUACGUUGUGAAUUCAUCCUAGGGGCUUCACAAGCCUACGUGAGCAGAGACAGUCAAACACGAGAUGACUUACACAGGCACGCCCUCAAGCUCCCUUUGCAGCACAAGAGCGUGCAAUUACCUACCUCACCAGGUUUAAUCACCUGCCAGACAGCAGGAAUCUGGAACAAGCAUUUACAUGCACAUGGCCCAUGCAGGGUGCCUUCCCCUGUUUGCUUUUGCAGAGGUAACAAGGGGCAGGAGGCUGUGGGGGCGGGGGGCAGGCAGAGGGGCAAUGGGGUGAGCACUCGGCUUCCCCAGCCCUGGGGGGAAGCCAGGGCAGAACAGGUACCUCUGCUCCAAGGCAGCCAAAUGGCAGCAGAGACCCAAGCCAGGACCCAGCUCCCUGCCACCAAAGUCCUCAUCUUUUCAAAAAAUAUGUCAAGAUGCUCUGGGGGGAGAGAGAGAGGGGGGGGAAUAUCUUUGUCCUGUUCUUGUAUCCCCCCCCCAAGAAGCCAGCAGGUUUUCUCCCACUUCCCCACUAAGCUCUGGAGCUGCUGCAGCCAAAGCAGCAGAUCCUUGUGGAUUUGCCAUGGUUUCUUGGCACCUCCUUGAUGCUCUUCACCCAGUCACCACAGCACCCGUGGAGCUGCCCUACGUUUCCCCCUGCACACUCCCUGCUCAGCCUUAGCGUCCCCCUCGGCAUUUCAGCAGGAGCCGUCCCCAGGCGAGGUGCCUCCGUGAACACCCAAGGAACCCAGACCCUUACACAUCCCAGUGCAGGAGUGAAAGACUCAAGCCAGCAGACAGAUUGUGGAAUAGCAGUUUUAAAUAAGGAAAUAGUGCAGCUGUCCAACUACCUGAAGGAGGCCCUGCACCGCGAGCUGCUGCUCAAGCAGAAGAUGGUGAUUUUGCAGGAGCUUUUCUCCACGCUGCUGCAAGCGUCAGAAAAAUCCUGGCAGGGUCAGCUGAAUGAAGAUAAACUGAAGUGUAAACUAAGGGCACUUGAAAAUCAGCUGCAGGCCUGCACCCAGAGUUACUCAAAGGAGUGUGUGAAGAAGAUCCUGAUAGAGAUGGAGGACCAGAAGCAGACCUAUGAGCAGAAGGCAAAAGAGGCUCUUCAGAAGAUGCUGGAGGACAAACUCCAAACAGAACAGCAGCUGCAAAACUCUCAGAGAAGCCUGGCAGCAACGAGAGAGGACGCUGCCUUCUGGAAAGAGUGCUACACCACGCUCAAAGCCGAAUUGACCAAGAUGACCACAGCUCACGCCGAGCUCGAAAACAGCUUCCAUGUUUUGCAAAGCGAACUGCAGCAAGCGGACACGCAGAACACGCAGCUCUGCCAGGUCCUGCGCAGCCUGCAGAACGAGCACGCCGCGCUCCAGCAGCGAGCCAGCGCCUUGCGGGAGGACAACGACCUGAAGGCAGAACACAUCAGCGCCAUCGAAGAUAAAUUGCAAAAAGAACAAAAUCAGAAGGUAAUGCUGGAGACAACAAUCAGCCAUUUGCACAACUUGAUACAGAAGCAGACCAAGGAACAGAAGACCCAGGAGGUGACGGUGCAAAGGAAAGACCAGGUUUUCACCACGCAGACCCCACCUCUCACUCCUGCCAAGGAAAAACAAAACGCUCUGUUAGAGCACCCUGAGGAGGAGGGAGAAGAAAGUCUGAAGGAAGAGAUGCAGAAAAGGACAUCCCAGCUUACAGCAAAGGAGAAUGAGGUACAUAUGGACACACAGGUAGCAGAAGUGAAAAUCCCCCCUCACUGCAGUGCCCGUGCAGGGGCGAAGCGCUGCAGCCGCUGCGGGAGCCCUGCCAGUCUCAGUGUGUACAAAAGUGGGGGGAUCCCUCCUGCUAACGGCCCCUUGCUGUGCUUGCAGUGCACGGAGCUGCGCUCGGAGCUGGAGGCCCUGAGCGAGGAGUACCGCUCCUGCCUGACCAGGCUGCGCCAGUGCCGGGACGAGCUCAACCACUUCCAGAGCAAGCAGGCAAAGAGACAGCACGGUCACUGGAUCCCUCUCCUGGUGGCAGUGAUAGCAAUGGCCAUAGCCAUCUUCCUCACAAGUUACAGACCAUGAAGGAUCUUCUCGAUGACUGACUUCACUGCAGGAACUGACUUCUGCUUCACCAACAGCAACGCACCCUCGCCACAGUGCACCAUCUGCUGUUUUGUACUUGCCUAUUUGGUUCAUUUCCUGAGCUGGUCUCACUCCAGACAAACUCCCGAGGCUCCAAUAAAUGCUGGGAGAUCGCUCCUUC